UACAAGCAUUAUACACACACUGACUGUUAUCUGAAAAAUCUGUCAAAUCUAAAUUGUUAUAUUUGUUUUUCAUGAAAUAGUGCAGCGGUAUAUUAAAAGCACUGGCUAACUAGAAGCAAGUUCUGGGAAGUCUCUAGUCCAGACAGAGGUGUAUGGCGAAUUGAAUGCAGCAAGUGCUUAAAUUAUAUGUAAAUAACACAAUGUUGGAAGUGGACAAAAUGUUGGAAAAAUGCGGCGAUUUCAAUCGACAGCAGCUAAUCAUGCUGCUACUCUCUUCUCUGAUCAAUUUACUAUCGGCCUUGCAUGAUAUAUCAUACGCGAUCGUUUAUACUGUGCCAAAGCAUUGGUGUGCUGAUGGGCUGGGCUCGGGGCCUCCACCACCAAAUGCAGACGAAUGCAAGCCAUUCUAUACUAACUCCAGCACCUCUGACUCCUGCAAAGAGUACAACUAUGAUCAUUACAUGGGCUUUCAGAGUUUUGUCAGUGAAAUGAACUGGAUAUGUGAUAAGGCGUGGAAAGAGAAACUGGGAAAUUACGUUGCACAUGCGGGCCUCGCGAUAGGCAGUCCAGUUAUGGGCUAUUUGUCAGAUAGACUGGGUCGGGUGCCCAUUCUUGUUUUUGCCAAUGUCAUGACCAUAUUGGAUAACUUUUUGACAAUUUUUGGCAUAAGUCUGGAACUUUUUUGUGUUGUUCAAUUUAUUACCGGUUUCGUCGUUAUCAGCAACUUUUCGAUUAUUUGCAUUAUUAUUGUGGAAUAUAUGCGUCCUUCUUUGCGCACAGUUUGCUUAAGCAUCUGUUAUGGUUUCUUUUUGUGUUUGGGCAUGAUAAUUACACCUUGGAUUGCGAUCCUCUUGGGAAGUUGGCGUCGUUUCAUGCUUCUCGAAAUGUUGCCAAUAAUUUUGAUACCGUUUUUUUUUUAUUUCGUGCCGGAGAGCGUACAAUGGCUGAUCUCAAGACAGAAAUAUGACCUCGCUAUAGAGUCCCUGAGACGUGUGGCCAAGAUUAAUGGCCGCCAAAUUGAUGACAGCGUCUAUGAGGAAUUCAUUGAGGACUGCAAAAUAAAUCAGAAAAAUACGAAGACCAACCCAAAUCUGCUGCACCUCUUCAGAAUGCCGCGCCUACGCCGGACCUUGUUAAUAUUGUUGUUUGAAUUCUUCAUAUGUUAUUUCUAUAGCAAUAUCGUCAAUUAUCGUUAUGAGGUUGAGAUUUCGCCUUUUGUAUUCAUUUCACUGACUGCAACUGCCGUUCUGCCUUCCAGCUUGGCGGCAAUUGUCCUGCAAGAUCGCAUCGGACGCAAGGGUUUGGCUUUUACAAUAGUGAUCCUCAUGUGCAUUUUUUUGUUGGUAUCGGGCGUCGUCUUCUCAUCCACUGCUAAUCGCUCCCGCAGAGUACUGGUUACGUUUUAUGUGAUUGGGUCAUUUUUUCACAACCUUGCCCUCGGCUCAAAUACGCUGUACAGCUUGGAGCUACUUCCAACUUGUAUUCGCGGUCAGGCAUUGGGUGUACUCGCUACCAUGGCCCUUACCGCCCAAAUAUGCCCAUAUUGCAUUUUCGAUAUGUGCCAAAUCUUCCUGCUGCCGGAAAUCUUAGUGGGCGUGCUCGCCUUGCUAGUUGCCGGACUGAUUCUGCUGCUGCCGGAGACACUGGAUCGCACGUUGCCCUGUUCACUAGAGGAUGGCGAGCAGCUUGGCAUUAACGACCAUUGGUACACAUUCAGAUGCAUGGAGAAGCGCACACAGACCGAAGAGCUUGAUAGCUCAUUGGCACCGCAAAAUCAGAUGUAAGAAGGAAGGGUAUUUCUAUUCUAUUCCAAUAUCUCGCAAUAAUUUGAAUUUCUCGGCUCAAGUAGAUAGACAAUUAUAAAUUUUAGUGGUAAAUAAAUAAAUGCUAGAAAUAUUC